GAAAUGAGGAACCRCUGUUACCUCAGAAGUGGCCACAAGCCCCAGGGGAGCCUGUGGAGGAGCAAAGCUGCCGGGACAAGGGGAGCAGAAGGCUGGGGCAGCCAGGACACCCCACAAAGCAKCAUGAACCUGUUCCUGGGCACCAUCCUACUGCUCCUGCUGCUGCCUGAUGUUUGCAAAGGACAGGACAGAUGUUCCGCCAUGGGUCGGGGUGAUGAGCCCCGGGAGUGCUGCAAUGUGACGGUGGAGCGGCAGAACCCCAACAACAGGAGCCACGUCCUGCACUUGUCCCGGGACUGCCCGGAGCUGUGGCGCUCUCACAGCCCUGCCUGUGCCUGCAUGCGGGAGCUGUGGCUCAGGCUGCUGCAGUCGGGGCAGCACACUUGGCUGGCCGGGCUCAAGACGCUGUUCCUGAAUGUCAGCAGGGCUGUCACCCGUGAUGUCCUCAUCACCUUCUCCCCCACGGCGGGCCCCAGCAGGCUCAACACCACGGACAAAGGGAACACAAGUAAAAUCCACCUCCCCAGGGAGAUAUUCCGGUCCCUGAGCAGCCAGACAGUACGUGUGGUGGUGACAGUCCUCAACAUCCAGCAGCUGGGUGUGUUCAAGGAAGCCAACCAGACCGGGCAGGUCCUGGACAACACCGURGUGGGCAUCACAGUGGGAGAGAGCAGCAUCUCGGGGCUGCAGGAGCCCGUGCAGCUCACCUUCGCCCACAGGCAGCUGCCCCGGGGUGUCACCCCACAAUGUGUCUUCUGGGAUGGCAGCAAAGGGCAGGCAGGAGGCUGGCACAGCGGUGGAUGUGUCACACAGCCCGGGGACAAGGGGACAGUCUGCUCCUGUGAYCAUCUCACCUUCUUCACCCUCCUCCUGAACCCAGCUCUGGAUGGCUCCACAGCAAAAGCUUUGAAGGUUGUGGCCACCACUGGCUGUGGAAUAGCCAUGGCUUUCUCCAUCUUCACCAUUGCCUUCUGCAUCUUCAUCAGGUGCAGGUUCAAGUUUGAGGACACYGUCCGCAUCAACCUGGGGCUGCACGUGAACCUCGUGGGCAGCCUGCUCCUCCUCAACCUGGCCUUCCUGCUCAACAGYGGGCUCUCUGGCAGGACCCACCCGAGGACCUGUAGGGUCCUGGGKGGGCUCACCCACUACAGCCUGCUCUGCUGCUUCACCUGGACGGCRCUGGAGGGCUGUCAGCUCUACCUGCUCUUUGUCAAGGUCCUCGGCAUCUACAUCCACCACUACCUGGCAAAGCUGUGCCUCAUUGGCUGGGGCUUCCCCGUUCUCGUGGUGGGAGUGGCAGGAGUUAUUGGCAGCUAUGGAGAAUACAGCAUCCAGACCACGGACCAGCAGGUCAUAGCCCACCUGUGCUGGAUCACUUCCAAACAUCUUCUGGUCCACUACAUCACCAACUGUGGCUACUUUGGCCUCAUCUUCCUCUUCAACAUGGCUGUGUUUGUGGUGGUGACCCAGAAGAGCUGCAGCUUGCAGGGCACUGGGGCAGUGCAGGGAUACCGUAAGCCCUGGAAGGUGGCCCUGGUGGCAGCGGGGCUCUUCUGCCUGCUGGGAGCCACCUGGGCCCUGGCCUUCCUCACCUACGGCAUCUCCUCUGCGCCCGUGCUCUACCUCUUCACCAUCCUCAACUCUCUCCAAGGACUCUUCAUAUUCAUCUGGUUGGUUGUUCUCUACUAUCCAAAGGCAAAGGAGACCUCUGGCUCCCUCUCCUACAUCAUCAGACAUGACAAAACCACCACAGCCUCCCAGGACUAGCUCCUGGCUGCACCAGCUCCUGCUGGACCUCUCUUCCUGUCUGCACCUGCACCCACUGAGAGCAAUCUUUGAUCCUCGCAGAUGCAGUUUCCCCAUGGAGGAGGGAUCAGUUUACCACACCUCAGUUUACCCUUCACUGGACACGAUCCAUCUCAGCAGGGCUCUUUGCUUUGUCCCUUUCAUUCCUGGUGGGCUGCCCUGGGCAAGGAGCUCCAGAGAUGACACUUCUGCAAAGUCCCUCCAGGCUGCACUUUCACGGUCUUGAGGUGCCCCUGAUCUCAUUCCCCCGGAGACAAGGAGAAAGCCCACAAAGCACCUGCCUUCAGCCACRAUGGAGCCAUCACCCUCUUUGCUAGAGGUGGCCUUUGGUGCUGGACCAGCCCAGCAAUGGGUUUCCUGGUAGUGGAGGGAGAGGAUUGACUUGCUCCAGCACAGAUGUGGAAGGUUUGUGUCUGGGAAUCAACAAAAAUGAGAAGGAAACACAUGAGCUUCUUUGCAAUACAUCUCCUUGCUCUCUGGAAGAGAUCUGCUGGAUGUCAUUCCUCACAAAACGUCUUCUGGGGCCAGCAACAAUUCCCUCAUGGACACUUUGCUUCACCCAAAAUGCACACACAGCUGCCUUGUAGGGCAACUGCUGUCUUCUCGGGAUCUGUGUUUCAGUAUUAAAUCCCUGCCAGCUGUCCAAGCACUGUGAAUUUAGUCUUUAAUACCUACAAUAUGGUUUGUUAUUUGCUUUAUAUUAGGGAUGUA